AUGUCUGUCGAGAUCUCCCUGAACACGCCUCUGGCCGACGCCUUGAACACAGCCAUCAAGCCUAAGAUCGUGGAGCUUGGUUGGGCACCCGAUGGAGAUGCGGCUCUCGCAGAAUACAUUAUCCUGAUGCUGGUCAACGGCAAGACACAGGCGCAGAUCGCGCACGAGCUCUCUAGCGAUCUUCUCAGCCUCGGCCCCGACGACCCAGGCGCACAAGACUUCGCGCAGUGGCUCUUUGGCCAGAUCGAUUAUCUCAACUCACAAACGAAUGGAGGCGCGGCGCAAGACGAGGUCAUAGGAGGAUAUCAGGAUGGAGCAGUUGCUAUUGAACAAGACACGGAGAUGGCAAUGUCGACAGACAGUCCAGAACUCAACGCUCCUACAGGUCCAAAGUCUAUGAGAAGCGGUGGCAACAUGCGAGGAGGAGGCCGCGAGAAGCGCCUGUUCGGUCAAAUGAACAAGGCGAUGGACCGGACCCACGACUCUGUUCUGCACCGCGUCCGAGGGAAUGGCACCGAAAGAAUCAACGCCCAUAGCCGUGCGCCGCCCACCGGCCCGAGAGGACGUGGAAACAACCGCAUGAUGAACAACCGCGCCGCCGGGAUCACUGCUGGUCUCAACCAAAUGGCUGCGGGCAUGCCCAAUAUGCCUGCGCCCCCGGGAAUGAAUGGCAUGAACGAUAUGAGCUGGAUGAUGCCAGGCGGUGGUGGCCAACAGGAGCAGAUCUUCACCCUACUCCAGCAGCAGAACCAGAUGAUGGCACAACUACAACAACAACUUGCGCAGCAAAAUCAAGGACAAGGCGGCCGAGGCAACGGAAAGUCCCUGUUCGACCGUGUGCAGAACCCGCGUGGCGGCAGACGUGGUGGUUCCCAUAACGGCCACCGAUCACAUCAACAGAGCGACGCCACAAAUGCUAGCCAGGCUGCAACCGAAGGUGAAGAUGUUGAUAUGGCACAACCGCGACGCGAGCUUCCCAACCCCGACGCGACGGUCUGCAGAUUCAACCUGGCCUGUACCAACAAGGACUGCAAAUUCGCCCACCAAUCUCCAGCAGCUCCGCCGCACACGACGGUCGAUGUCACGGACGUCUGCACGUACGGCGCAGCCUGCAAGAAUCGCAAGUGCGUUGGCCGUCACCCGUCGCCGGCAACAAAACGCGCGCAUCAGAACGAGCAGGAGUGCAAGUUCUUCCCCAACUGCACCAACGCGAGCUGCCCUUUCAAGCACCCGGAGGCGCCGGCAUGUCGCAACGGGGGUGAUUGCACUGUCGAGGGCUGCAAAUUCACUCAUUUGCAGACCAUGUGCAAGUUCAAUCCUUGCACCAAUCGGUUCUGUCCUUUCAAGCACGCAGAAGGACAGCGCGGUACUUUCCAGGACAAGGUCUGGACAGCGGACGGAUCGAAGGGUCACGUCAGCGAGCGGAGAUUCGUGGAUCAGAACGGACAAGAGGAGACGAUCGUCCCGGGAGCAGAGAGCGCGCACCAGGAGACCGCGGCUAUGGAUGAGGGUGUCGCCUAG